CUGAUAGGAAUGAAGUGUGAAAUACUGUAGAAUUUCGGAUAAGGCAAGGAAGAAGGCUUGGGAUGACUGAUGGUGGUGCGCUCCGGCAGCCGCGUGACCUUGGUCGGUCGGUCACCGGUAUCCGCGUGGGAGCCUCCAUCCCGGGGAGUUUCCGGGAAGCCGCCGCCGCCCCGCAAACCGCCACAAAGUUGCUUGCUUGACCCACCGAGACGGACUGACGGACGCUACCUCUCCUCCUCACUCUCGCGGGCGACUUGUGGCGGCGGCUGGCGAACGAGUGCGUCGGCGGCGGCAGAGGGCAACCGGGAGCAGAAACCAGGAGCCGUCCAUUCGAGUCUCGAUCGUGUGUGGAGACUGCCAUGGCGCUGUGGACAGGGCUGGGUCAGGCGGCGACCGUGGCGCAGCUGGUCGGCGCGGACGUCGGGGGCCUCAUCUCCAUGAUCGUGCAGGCCGCUCUGACGGCCCGGCAGAACAGGUCCGAGUGCGAGCAGCUCGCGCGUCGGGCCCUCAUGAUCGCGCAGCUGCUGCCGCACGUGCAGGAGCCAGAGGCGGCGCAGCCGCUGGCCGGGCUGGGUGACACGCUCCGGGACGCCCACGAGCUCGUCGUGUCGUGCCAAGGGAGGAGCGCGGCGUAUCAGUUCAUCAUGGCUGGCAGGACAGCCGAAAAGUUCAGGGAGGUGCAGAGCAAGAUAGACUCCUACCUCAUCCUCUUCCCGGUGAUCAGCCACAUCGGCAUCACACGCCGCCUUGAGAGAAUCUACAAUGUCCUCGUCCCAGAUGACUCCACUAGAGAUGAACCGUCUUCAUUUCCACAGUCGUUGCAGCUGGAGGAGUCUACAGAGCUUGCUCAGGAGGUACUGCCGCACGGAACCCAGGAAUUCACGUUGGCGGAGAUCGUGGCUGCCACCAAUAACUUCGCCCCUAACACCGUGAUCGGUGAAGGCGGGUCCGGAAAGGUGUACAUGGGCAGGCUUUACGAUGGGCGAGCGGUGGCCAUCAAGAGCUUAAACAACUCGCAGUCGCAAUAUUUAGAGGAGUUUUGCACGGAGCUCGACAUCCUAUCACGGCUCCGGCACAAACACAUCAUCAGCCUCCUUGGAUCGUGUGUGACUGUGAGCAAGCCCAAGCGUCUGCUAGCCACCCCGCAAAAGAAAAAAAAGCGCCAGCUGACCUGGUGGAGAAAGGAGCCAGAAGAACCCGAAGAGUUGGAAGAGCUACAGAGGUUCAUUGUCUACGAGUACAUGGAGAACGGUACGCUCUUCGACCAGAUGCAUUCUGAUCAUGGCCCCUCCACGAUGUCGCCGGUGACGGGGUCCUGGAAGAUGCGCAUCGCUGUGCUCCUCGGCGUGUCACGCGCCAUCGAGCACUUACACUGUCAUGCCAACCCGCCAAUCAUCCACCGGGACAUCAAAUCGGCUAACAUCCUUUUUGACGCCAAUUGGGUGCCGCGUGUGUCAGACUUUGGCUUGUCGGUCGUCUGGGACAUUGCAAGUGAGGAGUCGGAAUUGAAAGUCGACCGGGUUGUAGGCACAUUUGGGUACUUCGCCCCUGAGUACGCCUUUUAUGGUCUUCUGAAGCCGGCAAGCGACGUGUACAGCCUGGGCGUGGUGAUGCUCGAGGUUCUGACAGGGAAAAGUGCAUAUUCUUUUUUUAUGAAUGAUGGGACAAAUGUACCUUUGACAGACUUCGCACUCCCCAUCAUUGAAGUCGGUAAUAUUGAGGAGUUGUUAGACAGGCGACCUGUACCGGAGCCAACGCCUUGGCAGCUGCAGGCGAUGAAACGUGUGGCGCAGAUUGCAUGCUGUUGCGGGAAGUUGGAUGCGAAGGACCGGCCGGCCAUAUCAGACAUCGUUGCCAACCUCGAGAUGGCGUACGAGUUGAUCUGCAGAGAUGAGCACGGUUCAGUUGACGAGCCAUGUUUGUGGCCCUUCGUCGAACAAGUUGACCUCCCAUCGGACUCACCACACUCCAGGAGCUCGUCAUGGGCAGGCUACCAUUCCGAGCUGGAAUCUGAGGUGCUGGAGGAGGGGCGUUGACAACAAUCGUUGAAGGCGUCCUCAGAAGGUGGUUCUCUUAAUACACUGAUGAAGAGGAGCAUUAUAACGCUUGUUGUUGCUGGCAGUUUUGGAAGAGCUUGGGAUGGACCUCCCAGUGUAGUUUCAGUUGGCUUCCUCACCACCCACCCUACUAUGCUUUCCCCAGCAGUUUAUUAGGAAAGGAACACACCCGCUUGAUGGUCACCACCUCACUUUGUUUUUUUUUUUUUUUUUUGCCUUGAGUUGCACAUAGUCACAGUAGUCCCACUUUGUUUGUGUAGCUUCUCUUUCAAAGCCAUUCAUACUGUAGCAGGCUCCGCAACGGGUCACAGGUGACCGUCAUGUGUUUCAAUCACCCGAUGAGCAUCCCGUUACUGCACAUAGGUAAUGCCCGCUUUUGGUAAAUCAAUGGGCGCUUGUUAGCUUCUUCACAACCAAUCCCACUAUAGUUUGCUUCUUCACAACCAACCCUACUUUGAUUUUCCCAGUGGCUUCUUAGGAAAGGAACAUGGGGUUGAUGGUAAGCACUGACUCUGUUUUUUCAGCACUUUCUUUUUGUAAUAUACUCCCUCCGUCCUUUUAGAGAUUUCAACACUGAUUACAUACGGAUGUAUAUAGACAUAUUUUAGAGUGUAGAUUCACUCAUCUUGCUUCGUAUGUAGUCCGUGUUGGAAUCUCUAAAGGGACUUAUAUUUAGGAACGGAGGGCCUGGAUUUGUUGAUUGAGUAUUUAAUUAGCUCUCUAGUUCGUUUGUUGGAUUUUUUUUUCUGAAUUUCGGAGCCUGGAUCCAUUUGUACAACGUGAUGCUGAUCCAAUCCGAAAUAGCCAAACCUAUGUUUAACUCAUUUGGAAAUACAUGUGAGUGAAAUGUUCCAUCGA